UCACCACGGGCCAUACGUGACCAACACCAACCACAAAUAGGGACACAACUUUUAACCACUCUAAUCAUCAACCAAAUGAUAGAACCUUGUGACUUGUGAGGCCAAUAUCGUUUUGGUUCCUUUUCGAAUCACUUUUGUUUUUUAAAUUAUACUAUUAAAUCCGAGAAAAGCCUCUUGGAAUUAUCGCUCUAAGUGUAAUAUAAUACAUUUGUCUCUUUGUUUCAAUCUCAUAGGGUCCUUUGUAUGGGAGCGAAGGAACGAUCAACACAAUGAUUACCAGCACCAAAACCCACAUCAGGUAACGAGAAUGUCAAAACUGGCGGCCAUUUUAGGGGAUCAACUGCUUCCAUCUCAACUAGGUAAGAGGAGUUGCACUAAGUUGAUCCUUAUUCUGAGCUAUGGACAUAUUAAAACAGACGUCUAAACGCAGAGGAGUCUAUAAGUGGUUUAAGAGGAAGAACAAGAGAGCUGAUGAUCCAUUUCAUUUCAUCAGUGAAGCUUCAGAUGAUUAUGAAGAUGGAAGUGACGACUACACCGCUGAGGCUCUCACAAGGUCCUUGGGGAGAGUCAUAGCAAAUAAGUUAAGAAUAUUUGUGGGAACAUGGAACGUAGGCGGAAGGUCUCCGGUAGGGAGCUUAACUGUAGAUUUGGACGAAUGGUUAAAUCCCAUGGAUGCUGCUGAUCUCUAUGUUCUAGGAUUUCAAGAGAUAGUACCUCUAACGGCUCAAACGAUAUUUGGAGCAGAAGAUCCUACCAAAGCAACAAACUGGAACCUGCUGAUAGGGAAAACCCUAAAUGACAAAUAUGGAUGCCCAUGGUUGACGCCCAUGUUAAAUUCAGUUUCAAGUGACAACUAUGAUCACUACACAAUGACCCCACAGUCCGAAAGGGUAAGUUUUAGCAGCAGUCCUGGCACCCCAAUCAGAGAGUGCCCCGGCACUCGACAUGAGAAGCCAUACAAGGGCAGCAAGUAUAAGCUAAUGGCAAGCAAGAAAAUGGUGGGAGUGUUUAUCAGUGUAUGGAUGAAGAGGGAAUUGCUCAGAAAGUAUUGCAUAUCAAAUGUGAAAGUCAGUUCUGUGCCUUGUGGCUUUAUGGGGUGGCUGGGAAACAAAGGUUCAGUUUCUGUUAGCAUGUCAAUUGAAGGAACCACUUUUUGCUUCAUUGCAGCACACUUAGCAUCUGGUGAGAAGAAAGGGGAUGAAGUUCGAAGAAACCGCCAAGUCUCCAAGAUUUUCAGGCGAACUACUUUCCCCAGAUCGUCUAAAGAUGAUGACAUUCCUCAUCCUCUGUCAAUCUUAGGACACGAUAAGAUCUUCUGGUUAGGAGAUCUCAACUAUAGAUUAUACGUGGGAGACAAUUUUGCAAGGAAUCUGAUAAAGAAGCAAGACUGGAGAGCACUGCAAGAGUUUGAUCAGCUUCGGAAGGAACUAGAAGAAGGUGGAGUAUUUCAAGGUUGGAGUGAGGGAAACAUAGAAUUUGCACCAACAUACAAGUAUUCUGCAUCAUACUUCAAUCGGUAUUCGGGUGGCCUUCCAAUGAGAUCAGGAGAAAAGCAAAGAACUCCAGCAUGGUGUGACAGAAUUCUAUGGUAUGGAAAGGGAGUGAGGCAACUGUCCUAUUUUCGCAGUGAAAGUAAAUUCUCUGAUCAUCGACCAGUCUCUGCUCUAUUUUCUAUACAGGUGGAAGUUGUUAAAUCAAGCAAUCCAAGAGUUAUAGCAAUGCAAACAAUUCUUCCCAGGACAUCAACAAGCAAACCAUCAAUACCAAGCAACAGUGAUGAGGAAGCGAAAUCUACUUUGCUAUCGUUUAUUGCUAAGGAUAUGGAACUUAAAGCACCAUUAACAUAGAAACGCGAAGUAUAGAAAAAGAGGAAGGAAGCGGGACCCUAAUGAAUCUUUUCAACGCGAGGCUGUAAAGUGUCAAGUGUGGUUCUUAAGCUUCUCAUUCGCUAUUGAUAUCUGAUUGUGCUAUCAACAUCUCAAAUGCAGCAAAUAUAGGAAGUAUACUUACAAAAUCUCAGUUCACCUCAUUUGUCUGAGGAAUUCCACUCAGAUUCUCCACAUUGUCUAAAUGACAAUGGGGACAAAUGCAUCUCUUCUGCAACUCCUCACCCAGUAAAGCACAAGUCUGUUCCAAUUCAGAAGUCUGCUUGUUUCCAGUCAAAGGCACAUGUUUUGUUUAUUCUCAUCAUAAACAACAUUAUUUUAGUGAUAGUUGAAUC